UAGUAACUAACACACAUACGCACGGAGACUCAAUUACUGCCCAGUUCCACUCUUGAUCAUCUCCAGCUACCGGUCUAAAACAACACCUAUUUCUCAAUAUCAAGAAAAAGGGGAAAAAACCCAUCAGGCUAUAUGAAGACAUAAGACAGUCCAACGGAGUACAUAACGUCAGAUACACACAACUGUCAACAUAAGUUUGCAGGAGGGCAGUGAUGUCACAGAGCUGAGGGCUUUCUGGAACAAUAUGGAGUCUGGAGAGCGGCUAGCCUCCCCGUCUGCGGCCCCGUCCUCCCUGCUCAGCGCCCCAGCCGCCUCCUCUGCCUCCGCCUCCGCCUCGCCCCCCAACCCCCCCUCCAAGAGCAGCCUGGCCGCCAGCCCCGCUACCCUGGCCUCCACUCUCACCACCUGUGGGCACGUCUUCCGAGCGGGAAGCGAUCAGCCUUUCACUGUCUCAAGUGCCUUCCCAAUGGUCAGCCACCACGCCUUCGGCCUUCACACCAGCUCCGCGGGCCGCUCGGAGUUCGGAGGCCUGGGCUCCCUGGGCAUGUCCGCGGCCUUGGCUGCCCAUCCUCAGCUCGCCAGCUUCCCAGAGUGGUGGCGUGCCUCUGAGGCUCAUGGCCGGGGGGUGGCCGCUGCUGCUGCGUUCUUCCCUCCUCUCCUCGGUCUGCCGCCCCUGUUUACCCCGCCGAUCCAGAGCUCCGACCCCAGCGGACCCUAUCAGUCCCGCACGCCCACCAAGAACGGACGCGCCUCAUCCAAAGGGGUGAACGGCACCAUCAACGGCAGCGGAGCUCUGACGGGCUCUGGAGGCGGAGCGUCCUCCACCCCCUCCCCGGCGCUCGGGGGGGCCGAGUCCACCAAGGCCCCCCCCACCACGCCGCGGAGCCGCAAGAGCAACCCGGAGCUGGGCCACACCGCCGAGAAGCUCCUCCACAAGUCCAAAGAGAAGAAACUCGUCAAGAAAGCGGUGGAAAUCUCUAGCAACAGCGACAGCGAAUCAGGAUCCUCCUCCGACAUCUCGAGCGAUGGCGUGAGCAGCAGCGACUUGGACGACCUCGACGACGAUGAUGAAGAAGACGAGGACGAGGACGAUCAGAGCAAUGACAGCGACGACUCCGACCUGGAGAAAGAAAGGCCGGUCAGCAGGAAGGUCAAGUCACUGAUGCGGAGCCCCUCAGACAGUCAAAAGGCCACCCUUCCCCACGCGGCCGGUGACAAACCCAGCCAGGACCCGAGGGGGGGCUCCCAGUCGCACAGACCUCCCCUGGAGGAGGGCGCUCUCUCCGGCCGCUACCCCAGCCAGUCCUCCCCUCAGCCCCCCGGCCUGGCCCAGCCCCAGCCGCCGCCCCUGCUCUUUGCCGGCUCCAGGCCCAGGGAGGAGAGCGGCCCCAAGCAGCACCGCAGCGUCAUCCAGGCCAUCGGGCUGGCGGCCAGCGCCAAGCCCCUGUCCCUGGUCACCCAGUCCCGCCGCGAGUCCUCGCCCGUGGCCCCGGUGUCCUCGCCCAAGCAGCGCUCGCUCUCCUCCUCGCCCAAGCCCCUCAGCCUGUCGUCCUCGCCCAAGCCGCCAUCCGUCUCCUCCUCCUCGCCCAAGCCGCUGUCCCUCUGCUCGUCCCCCAAGCCGCUGUCGCUGUCGUCCUCGCCGCGGCCGCCCUCGCUGUCGUCCUCCCCGAAGCCCCCGACGCUGUCCCCCUCACACAAGCCCAAAGCCGCGGCCGCGCCCUCCAAACCCCCGGCGUUCACCGACGCUCUCAAGCUCAGCAGCCGGAGCUUCCUGGACGAGACCCUCCUACAAAUCAGCAACUUCAAAAUGAGACAGCCUUUCCUCUCCCAGGAGUACUUCAAACAGGCCUUCCCUCUGCAGCAGAAGAACCAGCAGGAGUCGUCGCCGUCUCAGAAGAGCCAGAAAAAGCUCUCCUCUUCCUCCUCCUCCUCCUCGUCCUUCUCCUCACUGCCUCUUCCCAAACUCUCGUCUUUGGAGAGCCUCUCGGCGGCCGGGCACCCGCUCCUGUCUCCGUACAGCAGUGCCCACUCCAACCUGUUCCUGGCCGGCACGCUGCUGGGGCACCCGCACUCGCCGCAGCCCAACGGGGUGAUCCAGAGCGCCGUGCAGGAGGCCCCCCUGGCGCUCAUCACCAAGCCGCGCGGGCACGGGCGCACGCCCGACCGACCCCUGCUGGCCGCCACCAGCCCGCCCUUCUCCACGCCCGUCAACCUCACCACGGGCGCCCGCGAGCACUCCCUGGCCACGCCGCCCACGUCCGCCUCCUCCGCCUCGGCCUCGGCCACAGCGGGGGUGCCCACGCCGGCCACCAGCUCGCCCAGGCCCCGCAAGGGCAAGCCCAGCAAGGUGACCAUGAUGGCGCCGAUGGCUGCGGCCGCCAUGGCGGUGGGGUCCAGCCCCGGGCAGCAGAGCCACCUGGUGCAGUCGCUGGUGGACCUGUUCCGCGGGACCGAGUCGGACAUCCCCAGCAGCAAGGACUCCAACGACUCGGCCGAGGACGAGGAGGACUGGGACGAUGAUGAAGACGAGGAUGACGACGACGACGAAGACUCCGAUGACAGCCAGUCAGACUCCGAGAGCAACUUGAGUGACACGGACGCGUCCGAGAGCCUGAAGGAGCGCAGCGAGACGGCCACCGACACCGAGGCGGAGAGGACCCCGCUCAAGCUGACCAAAGCCUCCAGCCUGCUGAGCUCCUCCGCCGGCCUGUCCGCCGGCCUGUCCCCGCUCAACCUGCAGGUCAUCAAGGCGCCCAGCAUGUCCACGCCCGCCAUUGUGACCAGCGCCUCCUCGCUGGCCUAUCACAGCACCCCGUCCUCCUCCUUCACGUUCAGCCCUUCUCCAGGCUCUGGAGGGAGGAGGAAGAGAGUGACAGACGAACGGGAGCUGAGGAUCCCUCUGGAGUUAGGGUGGCAGAGGGAGACCCGCAUCAGGAACGUAGGCGGGCGCCUGCAAGGAGACGUGGCGUACUAUGCGCCCUGUGGCAAAAAGCUGCGACAGUAUCCAGAUGUUGUUAAGUAUUUGGCCAGAAAUGGAAUAUGUGAUAUCACACGUGAUAACUUCAGCUUCAGCGCAAAGAUUAAAGUUGGUGACUUCUAUGAAGCCAGAGAGGGUCCUGAGGGCUUGCAGUGGGUCCUGCUGAAGGAGGACGAGACCAUCCCCCGAAUCUUAGCCAUGGAGGGCAGACGCGGGCGUCCCACCCCAGCGGACCAGCAGGCGUCCCCGGGCGAGAGCUCCCAGAGCAGGCGCAGGAAGGGUCGCCCGCCCAACGUGGCAGACUUCCCCAGCCCGAGCGAUGCCAAGCUCCUCCGCAAGCUGGAGGCUCAAGAAAUUGCGCGGCAAGCCGCUCAGAUCAAAAUGAUGCGGAAGCUCGAGAAGCAGGCCAUGGCCCGGGCUGCCAAGGAGGCCAGGAAGCAGCAAGCCAUCAUGGCAGCCGAGGAGAAGAGGCGUCAGAAGGAGCAGAUGAAGAUUCUCAAACAGCAGGAGAAGAUCAAGCGGAUUCAGCAAAUUCGCAUGGAGAAGGAGCUUCGGGCACAGCAGAUUCUUGAGGCCAAGCGGAAGAAGAAGGAGGAAGCGGCCAAUGCCAAAAUCCUGGAGGCUGAGAAACGCAUUAAGGAGAAGGAGAUGCGCCGACAGCAGGCAGUCAUUCUGAAGCACCAGGAGUUGGAGAGGCUUAGACUAGAUAUGGUAUGGGAGCGGGAGAGGAGGCGGCAGCACAUGAUGCUGAUGAAAGCUGUGGAGGCCAGAAAGAAAGCCGAGGAGCGGGAGCGGGUGAAGCAGGAGAAGCGUGAUGAGAAGCGCUUAAACAAGGAGCGGCGGCUGGAGCUGCGGAGGCUGGAGCUGGAGAUGGCGCGCGAGCUCAAGAAGCCCAAUGAAGACAUGUGCCUGGCCGAUCACAAGCCUCUGCCUGAGUUGUCCCGUGUGCCGGGUCUCCUCCUGCCGGGCGCCAGCUUCUCCGAGUGCCUGAUGGUGCUGCAGUUCCUGCGCAGCUUCGGCCACGUGCUGGGCAUGGACCCCGCGUCCGACGUGCCGGGGCUGGGGGCGCUGCAGGAGGGGCUGCUCAACGCCGGCCCCGCCACCCAGCGGCUCCAGGACCUCCUGGUGCGCAUGCUGACCGCAGCCGUCUCCGACCCCGGCCUGCCCCCUGGACACAGGGCCAAGACGGCCUUGGGGGAGCACCUGACCAACGUUGGCAUGAACCGGGACAACGUGUCGGAGAUCCUGCAGAUCUACAUGGACGCCCACUGCGGGCCGCUGCAGACGGAGCUGGCGGCGCUGGCCCAGAGCCUGAAGACCAAGGCGUUCCAGGCGCACAGUCCCACCCAGAAGGCCUCCAUCCUGGCCUUCCUGGUCAACGAGCUGGCCUGCAGCAAGAGCGUGGUCAGUGAAAUUGACAAAAACAUCGAUCACAUGACAAACUUGAGGAGAGACAAGUGGGUGAUUGAGGGCAAGCUUCGCAACAGGAUGAGGAGCGUCUACGCCAAGCGCACGGGCAAGAGGGACAGCAACAUCGGAGGGGAGGAGACCCCGUCCAUGGGCACGCCCUCGGCCGGACGCAAGCGCAAGAGGAAAGGAGGGGACAGCGACGACGACGAGGAUGAGGACGAGGACAGCGACGACGACGAAGAUGACGACGAAGAUGACGAGGUGGUGAAAAAAGGGAAGAAAGUGGAGACCUGUGACGACGAGGAUGAGGUGGACCAGGCGGCCAGUGUGGAGGAACUGGAGAAGCAGAUUGAGAAACUCUCAAAGCAACAGAUCCAGAUCCGGCGUAAGCUGUUUGAGUCGUCGGGCUCGCUGCGCUUCAUGAUGUUGGGUCAGGACCGCUACAAGCGGCGCUACUGGGUCCUGCCUCAGUGCGGCGGCAUCUUCGUGGAGGGCAUGGAGAGUGGCGAAGGAGCCGAGGAGUUGGAGAGGGAGCGGGCGCGUGCGAUGAGCGCCGAGCACGUCCAGGUGAAGGAGGAGCCGGCGGAGGACAAGGAGAUGGCCGAGGAGGAGGAGGAGGAGGACGAGGAGGAGAAGUCGUCCCUGGGGGCGGGCGUGGAGGUGAAGCAGGAGCGCGAGACGCCCACCCCGGAGCGGCAGGCGGAGGCGGACUCGCUCAACCUCUUCCUGCAGAAGCCCGGCUCCUUCUCCAAGCUCAGCAAGCUGCUGGAGGUGGCCAAGAUGUCGCCCGAGCAGAGCAGCAGCCCCUCGCGCAGCCACGACGGCAGCCCGCCCGCCGCACCGGGCACCGCCUCCGCCGGCUCGCCCGCCAACACGCCCACCACCUUCCCCAGCAGCCCCUCGGCGGCGUCCGGCGGUCAGCCGGCGCCCGCGGAGGCCAAGCCGGACCUGGGCGCGGCCCUGGCGCACCCCCUGCUCCUCCCCGGCGGCGCUUACCUCAACGGGCCCGGCGCCAAGGCCCCCGGCGGCUACCCGCAGCCGCUGCUGCCCAAUGACCAGCUGUUCCGCGUGCUGACGGAGAAGAGCGGCCACUGGUUCAGCCUGCUGCCGCGCUCGCCCUGCGACAGCUCCUCGCUGACCGCCGGCUCCAGCCCGCCACCCACCGUCGCCCCGCCAGCCCCCACCGCCACCUCGGCCUCCACCUCCCCCACCCAGCCCACCCCCGCCGCCCUGCGGCCCAAGUCCCCCCCCUCUCUGUCCCCCAACCCCCCCACCACCACCACCAUCACCACCACCAGCAGCAGCAGCGCUGCAGCCGCCUCCUCCACCUCCACCUCCGCCUCUCCGAGCCCCAGCAACCCCGGCAGCUCCGCCUCGGCAAUCAAUAACUUCCCAUUAUCGCCUCUGCAGCUCUUGUUUCCGCAGGUGAAGGCGGGCAUGAGUUUAAUGGGGAUGCCCUUCUGCGGGUGGCCCCCGGGCAUGAUGAGCCCCAACCUGCACUUUCCUGGCGCCAGCUCGCUCCCCUCGGUGAUGGGCAUGGCGUACCCGUCCCUAGAGGGCAACGUCGGCGCCAACCCCUUCCUGACGCCCAGUGCGGCCACCAGCAAGAGCGAGUCCCCGGGGCCGCCCAGCGACAAGCUGCCCUUCGCGCCCUCUCCAGUCCUGGAGAUGACCAAACCCCCCGACCACCCCUGCCCCCGGCCCAUACCAGAGGAAAUGCUGACGGGCUGGUGGCGGUUGGGGGAGCAGGAGGAGCUGCGCGGGCUGGUGAAGGCGCUGCACAGCCGGGGCACCCGGGAGAAGGCCCUGCAGAAGCAGUUCCAGAAGCACAUGGACUACAUCACUCAGUCCUGCGCCAAGCACAGAGAGGUGUCUGUGAUCGACGUGGCGGAGCUGGAGGAGAACCAGGUGACGGAGGAGAUCCUGGAGGGCUGGUGUGUGGAGGAGCAGGCCAUGGAGGUGGACAUCGCCGCGCUCCAGCAGGUGGAGGAGAUGGAGAGGAAGGUCACCUCGGCCAGCCUGCAGGUCAAGGGCUGGAUGUUCCCUGAUCCCCAGUCGGAGCGGGAGGACCUGGUGUACCACGAGCACAAGCCCCUGGCCAAGCUGAGCCCGGCGGGCGGCAAGGCCUCUGGCGAGGACGGCCACGCUGGCGGCAUAGCGCGGCGCCCCAACAACCCGCUCGAUCUAGCCGUGGCCCGACUGGCCGAGCUGGAGCGCAACAUCGAGCGAAGGUACCUGAAGAGCCCCUUAAGUACCACCAUUCAGAUCAGGCUGGAUAAUGUGGGUACAGUCACUGUCCCUGCUCCUGCACCAUCCAGUAGUGCUGAUGGUGAUGGCGGUCAAGAGGACGUGGCCCCGGGCAUGAAGGUGUGGCGGAAGGCCCUGAACGAUGUCCGCAGUGCCGCUCAGCUGGCCCUCUGCAUCCAGCAGCUGCAGAAGUCCAUUGCCUGGGAGAGGUCCAUCAUGAAAGUGUUCUGCCAGAUCUGCCGUAAGGGCGAUAACGAGGAGCUGCUGCUGCUGUGUGACGGCUGUGAUAAGGGCUGCCACACCUACUGCCACCGGCCCAAGAUCACCACCAUCCCAGACGGAGACUGGUUCUGCCCGGCCUGCAUAUCCAAGGCGAGCGGUCCGUCCCCAAAGAACAAGAAGCUGCAGAGCCGAACCACAGGGGCAGCGUCCAGCACAGCAGCAGGAGCAGGAGGAGGAGGAGGAGGAGGAGGAGGAGGAGGAGGAGGGGCAGAUAGAGGUGGAGGAGGAGCGAUAGCAGGAGCUGCAGGAGGAGGAGGAGGAGGAGGAGGUAAGAAGAGCACUGAGGUGAAGAAGAGCAGGAAGCCGUCGGAGGCGUCUGAGGAGGACGUGGCGAGCACCAGCAGCAGCACUCCCAAGAAGGCAGCGAAAGAGAGCAAGAAGAGGAAAGCGGAGGAGAGCCCAGCCCCGGCCCAGCCCAAGCAGGACAGCCCUGCCCACGGCAAGAAGCCAAAGACCGCUGGUGUGGUCCAGGACAACGAAAGAGACCUGACUCUCUGCAGGAUACUGCUUGCGGAGUUGGAGAGCCAUCCGGAUGCUUGGCCUUUUCUUAAUCCGGUGAACGCCAAGGCUGUCCCUGGCUACAGAAAAGUCAUCAAGAAGCCCAUGGACCUCUCCACCAUUAAGGACAAAAUUGCCAAUAACCAGUACCUGAACCUCGAGAAUUUCAUCAUCGAUGUUAACCUGAUUUUUGACAACUGCGAGAAAUACAACGAGGACAAUUCCGACAUCGGACGCGCGGGACACAGCAUGAGGAAGUUCUUUGAGAAAAGAUGGCCCGAACUGUUGAAGCAAACAAACUAAACUUGAUUUGUUUUUGUUUUUGUUCUGUUUCGUUUGUUUUUUGUUUUUUUUCUUACUUGACUCUCCUCACAAAGGACCAGCCUCUGCUCCGGCCGAACUGAUGUGCUGAGCACUUGAAAUCACUUCUGAGAACAUUGGUUCAGAGCCACACGUUCCUCUUGCCAGAGCCACCAAGGCACCUACACGUGGAACAGGGACCGUAGAUGCGCGCAGCCGAGUGGACACUAACGUGCACUGCUGCUGGGAUGGGAACAGUCGGAGGCACCCAACCAGGUCCAGGUGACUGGAUGUCUUCUAGUGCAAUACCUUUUCCUUUAAAAAAAACAAACAAACAACAAACAAAAACAAUUACAGCACUGAAACUACUACCAUCAGAACUGUGGACUGAUCGCCCUUCACUCCCUGUAAAUAGGUUUCUUUUUUUUGUUUCCUCUUCUUUUUAAAACUUUGCCAUUAAUAUUACAGUGAAUGUAUUUAAUUAUUAUGUUAAUUAUUUAUGAGUAAAAUUGUUCUGUCUUUCAUUUUCUAUGAAAAGGAAAAAAACGGCAAAAAUGCUUUAAAAGAGCAGAGGAAUGUUUUUUCUUUUAAAAAAAUGAAAAUAAAAAAAUAAAGCCAAGACAAGUAAUUGUUUACACUUUUCUGUGCUCCUGAGCAUCAGACGAUACAAAAACGAGAGAAACCUGUAGAUCUGUAUUGGUGUAGAAAUGUAUGUUUGUAUCCUCCUGACAAAAUACAAUGAUCUCUGUACAUAUGUGUCCAUUAUUGUCAAUAUUCCGUCACGUUUUGGAAUAUGUAGAGGUGUACAUAUCGUUUCAAAUGUCAGAUCUUGUUUAUGCCUUAGUACAAUUGUAGGAUUUUAUCUGUCUUCAAGUGAUGAUGCUACAGUAUUAGACAAUAUUUGCUUGUACUGAUCAUAUCCUCUGCAAACACUGUGGUCUCCCUCAUUUCUGGUAGUGCCUCGCCUCUCUGGGGUGUAUGGAAGAGUGUCAAUACACUUGCACAUUAUUGUGUACUCCAUGGAUAAUUUGUUUUCUCUCCUAACACCCUGAGCCUCAAACUCGGACAUGGAUCUUCUUGGACGUAGAUAUCCUGCAAGGCACAGCAUUUUCCGCAGAGCAUCCACUUGGCCCUGCCUUCACAAACAUAAGGGCACUAAGCUUUCGUCACUGUGUUUGGAACUUGCUGUGUCGUGGCCCGCUGGGGCAGGUAGAACAGUCUUUUUGUACCGGAGUCAGAGUACUUGAAGUUAUUUUAUUUAAAUAUGUUGUGAGGAAAUGUAGCAUUCUUUUUGUAGGAGCAUUAUUUUUCACUAGUGUGUGCGUGCGUGUGUGUGGCACGGAUAAAAUAAAACGAUGUUUUUAAACUCA